AUUUCUGACAAUACAACAGAGAGUCCCUCAAGGAGACGCACCUUCAGCAUGGCCCAUAAAAGCCAAGCUGGUGGAAUUGAGAAAAAUAGGUCACUUUCCUCCAUCCUCUAUUGUAAGAGUGAUUUAAAGGAAGGAUCCCUGCAGUGGAUGAAAGAACCCCUCAAUGGCCAGGUGCUCAUGGUGCUCAGCAUGGACAAUAACUGCUCAGCCACCUCCUUUGACAUGGAGCUUUGUGCAGAGAAACUGAAGUCCCUUGGGGUUCAGGUGGCAGCGGAUCAGUGGAGGAGUUUAAUCCAGGAUGCUGUCCUAAAGCCUGAAGUGAGACGGUACAUGUUCUACAACUCCAGGGCGUUCCAGAUAGCCAUUGCCGUGGUUUUCUACAUGUCUCUCUGGACAAACAUUUACUCCACAGUCCAGCUGUGUUCCUUCGGACGCUACUGGGAGGCCAGCGUGCUGGUGACCCUGGCUGCUGUGGCAGUCACUGUGGUUGUGAUACUGGUUAUCGACCGCCGCCAGAGGAAGAUAAAUAUGAAUACAGAUGUGAGGCUGGCAGCUGUCAAUGAAAUCUUUAUCAAACAUGGUUUAAUACUGGGGAUUACAGAUGCCCUGGAUGGGCCACACAACAUCCUACAACUGUGGUUCGUGCAGUUCAGCCCGGAGCGCUGCCUCCAGUCCUUGUCAGCCCACAUCAUGGACCUGCAGAGGACACGAGAGCCCGACCCAGGAACGGAGGAGGAGGAGGCUUCGCGUGAAGAGUCCCCUCUUUUAUCCAGUGGGGUGAACCUAAAUAAAGAGCCUGUGAUAUGCAACGAGCUGCUCCGCCUCGUGCCUGAGGGUCCACCAGAGGUGAUGGCCCAGCAGCUCCUGGUGAUCUUCAGUGGAUGCUACGUCCGGCUCCUGGUCACUGGUCAGCUCCCUCGGGCCGUGGCAGGGGGGCACCUGGAGCACAGCAGCGUGCCCUGUCUAUGCCAGUUCAUCAAGACCACCGCGCUCAACACACACCAGAGCUGGUUCAUGGGCAGGUGA